AUGGACGCCAUUCUCCAUGGCUCCCCAGCAUCAACAGACAAUCCGUUGCGCAUCUCAGGUACGGGGGACCAUCAACCCGUGGGACCCGUAGAUACAACACCAGGGCUCCCAGGGCUACCCACCGAUGCCCUUUUUAUACACACAACCAGGCAAAAAACGAACCCGCAAAUCUCGGGCCUACCUCGCCCUCCCACCAGCACCGCAACUACCCGCGGGACAGACAGCGGGCAGACCACUACCAAUCACCCAGCGAAGAAAUGGGGAGGCGAUCACAGAAGCCACAGCAAGCUGCACCCAGGGACUCACAAGACAUAG